UGGGAGUGAGAGGGCUGCUGGUGGUAAUGUUUGGGAAGGGAGGAGGUUCUUCGCACGUGAGAGGGAAGAUGACUCUGAUGAUCAGAUUGAUAAGAGAAUAAAUGUAGUUAAAAUUAAGUGGGAGAAUGAGAGAGAGAAUUUCCCGGGGCGCAGGUUUGUUGCCAGAAACAUAAUUAAACAGUUGUUGGAUUUCACCCCACAAGAUAUUUAUGCUCUAACAAGUGUCACAGAUAUUGAAUUUGACGUCAGUUUUAAAUUAUCCCAAGGGUUGGAGGAAUUCUGGAGGAGGUAUCAUCUGAAGAAAGAGGCCAAGGAGUGGGAGGGGUUUAGGGUAAUACCUGUCUCCAAACCUGAAACUAAAGUUGUGACUAUAAUGAUGAAGAAUGAGACGGUACAUGAGCAGGAUGUCCUCAUAUGGCUCAGGCGCCAGUGCUCUGUCUUAUCCCCCCUGGUGCGACUGUUUGAUGAGGAGGGUUUCUGGACGGGGGGAUAUAAAGUCCAAGUUAAACUGCAUGUAGAGCACAAUAUUCAGAGUCAUCUCCCAAAUUCGUUUUUCAUUGGGAAAACAAGGGGUGUCUGCUUCUAUGUGGGUCAGCCCAGACUAUGCUAUAAAUGUGGGUCCAACAGGCAUUAUGUCAUGAAAUGUAAUGUACAGAAAUGUGCUUUGUGUGGGGAGACUGGGCACCCGAGCAAAGAAUGUGUCCAGGCAAUAAAGUGUAACCUGUGCAUGAAGUCAGGCCAUGCUUAUAGAUCAUGCCCCGAAGCCUGGGGCAACAUUCAGCGAGCUUGUCCCAAUUUGGCACAGGAGAUGAGCACCCCAAUGCCAGGGGAGAACCUGCCACAGACUGAGACAAGGAGGGAGGAGAGAACAGAAGGGGUAAGAGAAACAGCUAGAGGGCCCCAAACAGAGGUGAGAGGGAAGGAGGCAGAGAAAGAUGGAAGGAAGAGAGACACAGGGAAGAGUGAAGGGAAUAAAAAGACAAAGGUACUGAUGUCCCAUGAGAAGGGGAGAGGAAGGGAUGAGUGGAAAGUGGUGGGCAGCAAAUCAAAGAAGAAAGUUAAAGAGAAUAAGUGCCCUGAUGUAAUUACCAUUGAAACUGAAAAUAGGUUUGUUUUGCCAGGGGGGAAAUCAUGGGGGGAAUUGGCAGAGGAAGAAGAGGCGAGAAUAGAGGAAACACCUGAGAAAAGGAAAGGUCUCCCUUUCGUUAUUUCCAGUAGGAAAAAGAGUAAGAGGGAAGAGAUUUAA